AUCUGGAGUCUGUGUUUCACAUUCUGCCUCUUUUGCAUCUUUCUUCGCCAAACCACAGCAAAAAGAAAACUGAAGUUUGUGUCUGUAGUGUUUCACCAUGGCGAUCAUACCCCACAGGAGUUUUUUCCAACUGACAAGCACAAAGAAAUUGCAAGGCAGCAUGGAUACGGACAGCUUACCAAGUUUGGCAUACAGCAACAGUAUGAGCUUGGACAGUACAUGCGGAGAAGAUACUCCUAUUUCCUGAGUGUUGUUUACAAACAGUCUGAGGCAAGUACUGGAUCUGGAAGGGAACAUGUUUUUUGGUUGAUAGGACUUCUUGGAUCUGUGAGAAUCUGAGCUUGGUACAUUUGGAGGUAACCUACUGAACUGAGUGUGAUUUCAAAAUAUCCCUGAAGAUGUGGCUCAAUUUUGAGUGAGCCUGAUGGUAAGCCAAAAACCAUGCAGAAGUUUUUAAGGCUGUAUAUGAGGCUCAGAUACCUCACUGCUGUGACAGAAUAUCUGUGUUGGAGAUUUCAAAUUAUGCUUUUCCAUUUACAGCGCAGACAAAGCUGUUUUCAUUUCCAGUUGCUCAGUGCAUCCAUGAUGUCCUAAUUUGUUUGAUCAACUGAAGGUAGCCUUAUGUUUUUCACUAGGACUCCUAAGGGAGCAGCUGCCAAGUUGCAACUUUCCUCUCCACUAAAGUUUUAUUCCAAGGCCCUAUUUCAGUUUCUUUCUUUCUCCCUUCUUUCUUUCUUUACCCCAAAUGCCAAUUUACUCAGCACAGUACUAGACCCCUUCUUUUCUAUCAAGAGAAGAGACUUAACAGGAGAGAUUACCUUAAGUAAGUAAAUAAAUAAAAUUCCUUUCUUCCUUCAGAUUUAUGUUCAGAGCACUGACUGUGAUCAAACACUUAUGAGUGCUCAGGCAACUCUUGCUGGGCUGUAUCCACCAACACAGGGGCACAUUUGGAACCCCAGAAUCCUUUGGCAGCCGAUUCCAGUUCACACAGUGCCACUGUCACAUGAUAAUUUGCUAUAUGUACCUUUCUCACACUGCCCAAAAUACAAUGAGCUUCUGAGAGAAACCUUUGCAACAAGAGAUUUCCAGAAGCAGCUCAAGCAGUACAGGUCUUUUCUCAAGUUUUUAGCCUCUCACACUGGAUACCCACUGAAGACAUUGAACAGUGAAAGAAUUUUGAGGAUCUCUGACACUUUACGAUAUGAGGAUAUUAACAACUACACUUUACCUGCUUGGGCUACUCAUGGUGUCAGGACCAAGCUGAUAAAGCUCUCAGAAUUGUUAUUGCAGGCAGAAUUUGGGUUCCACAAACAAAUACAGAAAUCACGUUUGCAGGGAGGUCUUCUUUUAAAAACUAUCCUAAAGCAUAUGUCAGAUGCUAGAAAGCCUUCACACCAUCAAAAAAUGAUUAUAUAUUCUGCGCAUGCAACCACCAUUGUUGCCUUACAGAUGGCACUCCAUGUUUUCAAUGGGAAACUGCCUCCUUACAGUGCUUGUCAUUUCUUUGAACUCUACCAGGAAAAAAAUGGGCAAGUAUCUGCAAGCUAUACUGCUAGCAUAUACAUUUUUUUGCCUAAAGAAAUGUAUUGCUACCCCUGACUAACUAGACUGGAUACACAAGGUU